UCUUGGACUUCAUCGGUCUAGUUUUAAAUCAACAGUCUGCUCUACAUUGAACUGCAGCAGGUCAAACCAGUCAUUCACAUCAGAUAUGUGGGAUUAUCAUGGAUAUCAUAUUUCAAUUUUUGGACCACUAAUGUUUGUAAUUCUUCAAGGUGUGUGUGUUGUUUCAGCUGAUACAAACACAAUGACAGUGUACAGAGCUAUUGGGAGUUCCCUGGAUCUUACAGUGAACUAUCCAAAAGAAUCAGUGUCAUCGGUUAGGUGGAAGUUUAAUGAGAAACAGUUUGCUGGGUACACUCAGAGCCAUGCCUACUCACAACAGCAAUCACAAUUCGCUGGACGAUUAAAGGAGGAGAAUGAUAAAGUUGGAAUAACUGUACAAGAUCUUCAACCCCAAGACUCUGGGAUGUUCUUAAUGCUUGUAGAUGGAACAGAAAGACAGUAUCCAACACAGAUAUUUACAGUGUAUAUUCAAAACCCCAUAACAGCUGUGCAGAUUGAGAAGAAUCAGACGUGGAGGGUGUCCACAAACAGCUGUGAUGUUAAUGCGACGUGUGCAGCACUUGGAGCUGAGAGUGUCUCCUACCUAUGGAGUGGCUAUAAGACUGAGAGUGGAGCUCAGCUGCAGUUCAGCCUUUCACCAGAAGAAGGAGCCGUUACACUGAACUGCACAGCCACAAACAACGUCAGCAACAGCACUGCCAGAGAGACACUGAGCUGUAAUGCUGAACAGCCCAUAACAGAAAUCAAAAUUCUGUGGAUUGCAGUAGCAGGAACAGUUGCUCUUCUUUUGGUUCUUGCUGUUCUUGCCGCCAUUUGCUGUUGGUGGAGAUCUUACAAAGGUGGCAGUGUUGCAGAUAGCGGAACGACAGUGUAUGCAGAUGUCAGCAGUGAAACCAUUGCUCAGAAUAAAAAUCGAUCACAAAGUGUUACUAAUGGAACGACGGUUUAUGAAACGGUCGAUGAAUUCAGAAUGAACCCAGAAAUGACUAUUUAUGCUAAAGUGACUCUUCCUCAGCAUAAAACGGUCAGCGCUACCUCGUCCUCACCAUACCAGAAAGUUUGCUGAACAAUAAAGACAUCAAAAACAUUUUUUUUUUUUUUUUUUUUUACUUUUUGUUGCGGGAACCUUUCUAUUAUACGUCAUAUAAUUUCGUGAGUAAUUGUGUGAAUUAUUGUACAUUAAGGCAGUCUAGACAGUCACACUGCAAAAACUCCUCAUCUAAUCAAGACUUACAGUUGUGUUCAAAAUUAUUCAACCCCCAAUGCUGUAAAUGGUUUUAGGGAAUUUAGUGUACAUUUGUAAUUGUAUUCAGAAUGAAAUCCUACAAGGACUU